UUUUGCCAGGCUAAGAUUUUGAAAAAUGUCGUCAAUAGUGCAAAAGUGUAACGACGACAACAUUCCAUUAGCUGACGAUGAUCCGCAAGUGAUUAUUACAGACGACGUAGAGAACAAUCAUUUAGAUCAUGGUCGUUCAAUGGACUCAUUGCCUAGUUCGUACACUGGCGGUUCUUCUAGCCCUGGCCUGAAUGGGCCGCAGAGCUUUGAACCCGACUCGGGAUUAGAUGAGCAGGAAGAGAAGGCGCGGUUGAUAUCGCAGGUGUUGGAGCUACAGAACACUUUAGAUGAUCUGUCGCAGAGAGUGGACUCGGUGAAGGAAGAAAAUUUGAAGCUGCGUUCGGAAAACCAAGUGUUGGGGCAGUAUAUUGAAAAUCUCAUGUCAGCAUCAUCAGUAUUCCAAUCCACUACCCCUAAUGUUCAUAAGAAGUAAAUCAGGGAGCUUGAAAUCUAUAUGCACUUAAAAUAGUGCAUUCUUAUUAUUGGUUGCACUUUAAAAUUAAGCACCAAUAAAAAUUUAAUCCAUAUUGUUUUAAGUAUUAAAUAUAAAUAAUGUUUCAUUCAUACAAAGUUUGUAUGGCUUGUAUCAUCUUCUCAGCAUACAUGUAAAAACCAUGUCGGCUGACAGAUUAGAAAAGUAAUGCAUUUCUUUUCUUGUCUCAAAUGUUGUAAUCUUUAGCACUUGCUUUGCUGACGCAAUUAGACAAGCAAAUCUGACGAAACAAAUCUGAUGAAGCAAAUCUGACAAUACAAACACAGUUUAUUGGAAGGAAUAUACUCAUAUGUAAAAAAUGAAGUUUACAUGACUUAGUCUAUGUUUUGUUAACAGUGCACUAUUGAAAUGAAAAAGCAAAACAAUCUAUCUCAUAUUGAAAAGUAUUGUUUAAAUUAACUAAAUUCUUGAACCUGUUAAUUAUCAACUGGUUUAAUAAGGUAAUAUUCAAAUACGAGAAAAUGAAAAAUAUAUAUAUUUCAUUUCUGUAAGCUGUGAUGCUUAGCUACAGCAUGCAUUAAAAUUUUAUGUGUUUUAAGGUCGAGUUAUUAGAUUUUUUAAUAUGUAAUUGUAAGGUCUGACAUGGGCUUGACUGAUGCCUUUUGUUGAUGUAACUGCUAAAUAAAGGCUAUUGCCAAUAUAAAAGCUAAAUGAAGCUAUGUACAGUCUGACAAAAGUCGAAAUUAA